GAGCUUGAAGAGAGAAAAAAAAUCAAAAAGACAACUAGAAAUAGCUUCAUUCAUAAACGAAACUUCGAUCGAACAAGUAUCAAUAUUUAUUUAUUCGCGGAUAUUUUAAAAUAUCAUUGUUGAAAGUGAUCUAAUUCAUUUUUAUUCGUUCUAAUUAUUUCUAUCAUUUGUUUCGAUAAUAUUUAAUUCAUAAUUUAAUAUGGGCGGUUUUGAACAGAGACAAUGGACACCAACGAAAAAAAGAGGGCUAAUAGCAGCCGAGAUGCAUAAUCCUGGACCAGCAUGCGUUCAACUUCCGCAACUGUUAGGAACGAAAAUAUUAGAUAGCAAAAAAUCUGCUGCGCCAGCGUUUAGCUUUGGCUCGAGGCAUCAAAACAAUACUCGAACUAUUGGUCCUGGUCCAAGUGCAUAUAACAUUGUGGGCUUAGCUGCUAAAGGAAAAGAUACACCACCUCAAAUUUCCUUACAGUCAAGAGCAAAAUCGACUAAAAUAAUAGAAACACCAGGUGCUGGAGACUACCAUAUUGAAAAAAGCGACAAAUAUAUUGUUUCUUCAGCUCCAAAAUAUACAUUUGGUGUAAAAAAAUAUUCAGGAUUAUCAAAUAGUGGUGAAACACCAGCACCAAAUUUUUACGACACUGACAAAUCUAAGCUUGAUAACACCCCAUCUUACACUUUUGGGGUUAAAACAAAUGUCAAACAAGAAUACGUCACACCAGGUCCAAAUGUUUACGAUGUUGAUAAGCAUGAUAAUACGCCAUCUUACUCUUUUGGAGUGAAGACAAACAUCAAACAAGAAAGCAUUACACCAGGACCUAAUGCCUAUGACGUUGACAAAUCAAAAUUAGACAAUACACCAUCUUACACUUUUGGAGUAAAGCCAAAUAUUCAAAAAGACAAUGGAGUUCCUGGUGUAGGAACUUACGAUUCGGAAAAGUUCAGCCUUGAUCACACACCAGCUUACACUUUUGGAGUUAAAACAAAUAUCAAACAAGGAUUCGUUACACCAGGUCCAAAUGUCUAUGAUGUUGAUAAGCAUGAUAAUACGCCAUCUUACACCUUUGGAGUGAAGACAAACAUCAAACAAGAAAGCAUUACACCAGGACCUAAUGCCUAUGACGUUGACAAAUCAAAAUUAGACAAUACACCAUCUUACACUUUUGGAGUAAAGCCAAAUAUUCAAAAAGACAAUGGAGUUCCUGGUGUAGGAACUUACGAUUCGGAAAAGUUCAGCCUUGAUCACACACCAGCUUACACUUUUGGAGUUAAAACAAAUAUCAAACAAGGAUUCGUUACACCAGGUCCAAAUGUUUAUGAUGUUGAUAAGCAUGAUAAUACGCCAUCUUACACCUUUGGAGUAAAGACAAAUAUUCAAAAAGACAAUGGAGUUCCUGGUGUAGGAACCUACGAUUCGGAAAAGUUCAGCCUUGAUCACACACCAGCUUACACUUUUGGAGUCAAAACAAAUAUCAAACAAGAAUACGUAACACCAGGUCCCAAUGUUUAUGAUGUUGAUAAGCAUGAUAAUACGCCAUCUUACUCUUUUGGAGUUAAGACAAAUAUUCAAAAAGACAAUGGAACACCUGGUGUAGGUACUUAUAACACAGAAAAUGUGAGCUUUGAUCAUACUCCAGCCUUUUCGUUUGGAAUAAAACCUAAUCCCCUAAAAAUGCCAAUUCUUCCAGGCCCGUGUGAUUAUCAACCUGAAAAGCUAAGACAAUUCACUGGACCAUCAUACAGUUUUGGUAUCAAGGUAAAUCCAAACGACCGACCGGAAUGUGAAACUCGUAGUGUCACUCCAACAUCUGAAUUAGCUGAAAAGCAAAUUGAUAUUGAUCAAGAAUUUGCUAAAGAAUUAGUAGUCACAAGAACAAAAACAAAAACACAUAAAAUUGCACAUAAACGAGCCUAAAUGUUUUAAUUUUUUUUUUUCAAUUAAUAAUAAUGCUCUAUUAACCCCGAAUGUGUAUAGGAUCCCUACAGUUCUAGGGUCAAGUAAUUACGUUCGUUCUGCUCCCUCUUUUUCUGUGACCGGAAAAAUAAAAUCAAAACUUCCUGAAAAUCGCAACUUUCCCUCACCUGGAUCAUAUGAUGCACGUUAUGAUUUCGUAAAGCCAAAACCUCCAAUUUUUUCAAUGGGAUCACGUUAUAAUGUUCCUACAGAUGUAGCAUUGAAACCUGGUCCAGGGGCUUACAGACCUGAGAAAUUAAAUCUUGGACAUAUUCCAUGCUAUUCAUUUGGCAUCAAACAUUCACAAUAUUUAGGCCAUUUUAGGGAAGUUUCAGCAUGACGGUCUACAAUUAAUAACACCGACCUUAUGUUUCCACGACAAAUAAUUUAAUGAUGAUUAUUUUCUAUUGGCGAAAAAAUGUUAACAAAACCACUAACACUGCCUUUGUGCAUUGUAAAAAAUAUGAAAUUUUAAAUUUAAUAAAAGUUAUUUUGAGCUUAUAA